CCAUUUUCUGCUCUUUGCCUCAGCCACCGCCCGCCAUGCUGAGCUGCAUCUCGACGCCGUCGUCGACCAAGUAUGAAGUCGCGUCCAAGCUCUUUGAGGACGGCGUCUCGACGCUGUCGUUCCAAGACGCCCAGCGCAGCGACGUCAGCGCACAGCGCGUUCGCAUUCAAGACGCUCGACGGAGCCUCUGCCACGACCAGAUCGCUACACUGCGCGGCCGUCGCGACCGGCUCGCCGCUGCACUCGCCGCCAUGGACGCGCGCAUCGACGCCCGCGUGGCCAAGAUCGCCCUUGUCGAGCAAGAGCUAACGCUGUCAUAAUACUGCUACUGCUGCUGUUGAUGCUGGCA